AGCAGCCUUCAGUUCAGUUCGAGGACCAUGAAACUUAUAACCGUUUUCGCAUUCGCCAGUGUGGCAACGUUUGUGGUGCUGCACAGCGCCUACGGCUCUCCACUGCCAGAGCCAGUUCCAGACCCGAGUCCAGCUGCCGAUCCCAGCCCAAAAGCGGAUCCGGAGCCCGUGGCCAGUCCGGUAGCCGACCCAGGUCCGGGUCCCAGCCCGGGGCCAGUGGCCAAUCCCAAUCCCUUGCCGGCAUCUUCUCCGCCCUUCGUGCCCCUCUCCGCGAACGCGGAACCCAUGGGUCCGGCCCCAGGAGCUGUUCCCCCCAAGAUGGAUGACGUCCAGCCCGAUACCCUUGCGGCUUAGUCAGAGGAUGCGGAUGUCCCAUUUUUAAGGAGCAGCAGCAUCAGCAGCAGCCAAAUCUAACCAGAGCCUGCGCACCCACACACAAGGAAGACACACACACAUAUAUUAUAAUAUCUGGUAUUUAACAUAUGUAUGCACUUAUGUAUUCCAACUUUUAGCAUGGGCAUUAAUAAAAUUGCAAAAAAAAGAUCUGUUU